AUGGCGCCGAUCGGUGAGAAGGCGGCGGUGACAGGCAGUGUUGAUCUGAAUGAUGGACAAGAAAGUGGCUCAAACUUAUGGUCGUCUAUUUUGGCCGAGGUUGGCUCUCAUUCAAGCUCGAAGCUGCCAUCUUGCAAGUCGAUUCUCGUGUUAGGAGAGGAUGAAUCGGGCAAAACUACUCUCCUUGCCAAAAUACAAGGUACGGACGAACCCAAGAAGGGCAAAGGUUUGGAAUAUCUCUUCUUGGAUGUCAGAGAUGAAGACAGGGACG